AUGUCAAAACAUCAUCCAGAUUUAAUUAUGUGUAAGAAACAACCAGGUAUUGCAAUUGGUCGUUUGUGUGAAAAAUGCGAUGGUAGAUGUGUAAUUUGUGAUUCAUAUGUAAAACCAUUUACUUUAGUUAGAAUUUGUGAUGAGUGUAAUUAUGGUUCUUUUCAAGGUAAAUGCGUAACCUGUGGUGGUAAUGGUAUUUCAGAUGCUUACUAUUGCAAAGAAUGCACUACACAAGAAAAAGACAGAGAUGGUUGUCCAAAAAUUAUAAAUUUAGGCAGUUCAAAAACAGAUCUAUUUUACGAAAGAAAGAAAUAUGGUUUCAAGAAAAGAUAA